UCCUAAGAGCGUGACACACAAACCGUCACGCACACCUAAAGAACACAAGGAGAAAGACACAGGUGGUCAGAAGCCCACCAUGGAGACAACGGGUCCGCCGCCGCCGGCCAACUAUGCCUAUUUGCAUCCGAGCUACCUACAAUCGCCCUUCACGCCACACAUGGCCUUUGAGCCGGUGUACCGGAGCCUGUCUACACCAUACGGAGCGUCUCCCUACCUGCGCUUUCACGUUCCUCCUCCCGAGGUUCCCCCACAAGCACCGGGACCCCCUGUAGCACCGCCACAAGGACCGCCAAAGGCGCUUGAAAUCCUGCACCAAGUGUCCCAGCACUACGGCAACCACAAGAUACACGAGCUGCAGGAGCGUGCAGCUCCUUCGCCGUCUCCGCAUGUGGCUGGGGAACGCCCUCCAAAGGGGGGUCCGCCGGAGAAGGGUCCCCCGUCGUCGCGGGGGGUCGUCGGAGGUGAGGGGUCAUCCUCUGUUGUGGGACCGCCUCCCGUUGUGAUGGGAAGUGCUGCUGACCUGGCCAAGGGUGUGCUCGGGCCGGGCUCGGCUGCCAUGGGUCCGCAAGGACCCGGCAGCCUUCCUCCGGGAGUGGCUGUGCCUCCCGGUGGUGUGACGGGUGCACCCAGCACUGCCACUGAGGGGUCUUCCCGAUCACCUCCACCCCAGAGGCACCUUCACACGCAUCACCACACCCAUGUGGGAGUGGGGUACCCCAUUUACGACCCCUACGGAGGUAUGUCUGCACACCUGGGUUGCUGGUUAGCGCGGAACGCAACCAUCGUGGUGCUCAUCUGGGUUAAGCACGCCGCAAUUUCCACACCGCCGUUCCUGCGGAUAUGGGCAGAUGUCGUGUCGGUGGCCAGUUCUGAGGCAGCAGUGGCACACUUGGGUGACUGGUCGGAAAGGUCUGCAUCGAAAUUCCGCACCUUGAAAGUAAACGUAUCGGGGAACACGCCUGCCCUCGAAGGUGUAUAG